GCAUGCUGGGAAGUGCAGCCCUCAUAAACACGUCUCACAUCAGCUUGGGUGAUAUACAGCUCUUAAGACACAAAGGAAGAAGGUAAAAUCACACAGCCACUAAUAUGGAUGCCUCUAAGAGGGACAUACAACAAGUGCAAAAGACCAUUGCCUCAGCUCACAAAGACUGCAGUCUUACCCAAAAGAUGCAGUUCUACAACCACUGGGCCCAUGAUUAUGAAGAGGAUGUCUCUAUAUUGGACUAUAACGCGCCUCGUCUUGCUGCGGUAGCACUAGCCUCAAUGUACCCCUCGAAUCAUGAGGAAAAGCUGGUCCUGGAUAUAGCCUGUGGCACUGGACUUGUAGCCCAGGAGUUGCAGCGUUGCGGCUUUAAAUUGUUUCAUGGUGUGGAUGGUAGUGAGGGGAUGAUACAAGUUGCUGGCGGCAAAAAGCUAUACAAGGAGCUAAAGAAGUGCAUGCUGGGGCAUGAGCCACUACCUUCUCCCUCCGAUUAUUACGAUGCCGUAAUUAUAGUAGGGGCUCUGAGCGAUGGACAGGUUCCCUCAUUUGUGAUUCCAGAGCUCAUACGUGUGGCUAAACCAGGGGGCUUUGUUUGCCUUACUACCCGCUGUAACCCAUCCAACCUUCAUUACAAGGCCCAGCUAGAUCAGGAAUUGUCGGUGUUACAGAACAAAGGACUAUGGGAAUGUAUUACCGUACAAAACGUGGAAAAGUGGGAAAGAGCCAUUUCUGAACAUGAGGCCCAAAAGGAAUCUGACUAUAUCUCUGGCGUUAUAUAUCUCUACAAGAAAAGUGAAGCCUUCCCUUGUACGGAUUGAUGAGAGAGAUCAACGUUAUUCUUAAAAUAAAAAAUUUAUAUUUACAUGUUGU